AUGCAGCGCGCUGGCUCCGGCGGCGCCCGCGGGGAAUGUGACAUCAGCGGCGCCCCGGGCUUGCGGCGGGAGCGGUCGGCUCGCCUGGGCCGCGCCGAGCACACCUCGCUGGCCGGAGGACGCGCCGCGGGGCAGACGGCCGGGAUGUCGGCGAAGGAGAGGCCAAAGGGCAAAGUGAUCAAGGACAGUGUCACCCUUCUGCCCUGUUUUUACUUCGUCGAGUUGCCUAUAUUGGCAUCAUCGGUGGUUAGCCUGUACUUCCUUGAACUCACAGAUGUCUUCAAACCUGUACAUUCUGGAUUCAGCUGCUAUGACCGGAGUCUUAGCAUGCCCUACAUCGAGCCCACCCAGGAGGCCAUUCCAUUUCUCAUGCUGCUUAGCCUGGCUUUUGCUGCACCUGCAAUUACGAUUAUGGUGGGAGAGGGAAUUCUGUACUGUUGCCUCUCCAAAAGAAGAAAUGGGGUUGGACUGGAGCCUAACAUUAAUGCUGGGGGCUGCAACUUCAACUCUUUUCUCAGAAGAGCCGUCAGAUUUGUAGGUGUGCACGUGUUUGGACUGUGCUCCACAGCUCUCAUUACAGAUAUCAUACAACUGUCCACAGGGUACCAGGCACCAUACUUUCUGACUGUGUGCAAGCCAAACUAUACCUCUUUGAAUGUAUCUUGCAAAGAAAAUUCCUAUAUUGUGGAAGAUAUUUGCUCAGGAUCUGACCUUACAGUUAUCAACAGUGGCAGGAAGUCAUUCCCAUCCCAACAUGCGACCCUUGCAGCCUUUGCAGCUGUGUAUGUUUCAAUGUACUUCAAUUCCACAUUAACUGAUUCCUCUAAGCUUCUGAAACCUCUCUUGGUCUUCACAUUUAUCAUCUGUGGUGUCAUCUGCGGGCUAACACGGAUAACACAGUAUAAGAACCAUCCAGUUGAUGUCUACUGUGGCUUUCUAAUAGGAGGAGGAAUUGCACUGUAUUUGGGCCUGUAUGCAGUGGGGAAUUUUCUGCCGAGUGAAGAAAGUAUGCUUCAGCACAGAGACGCCCUCAGGUCUCUGACAGACCUCAAUCAAGACCCCAGCAGGGCCUUAUCAGCUAAAAGCGGCAGCGGCAGUGAUGGGAUCGCUCACACCGAAGGCAUCCUCAGCCGCAACCACAGAGAUGCCAGCUCCUUAACGAACCUCAAGCGGGCCAACGCCGACGUGGAAAUCAUCACUCCACGAAGCCCCAUGGGGAAAGAGAACAUGGUCACCUUCAGCAACACCCUGCCCAGGGCCAACACCCCAUCCGUAGAGGACCCAGUGAGAAGAAACGCCAGCAUCCACGCCUCCAUGGACUCAGCACGCUCCAAGCAGCUCCUCACCCAGUGGAAGAGUAAGAACGAGAGCCGGAAAAUGUCCCUGCAGGUGAUGGACACUGAGCCCGGGGGAGGUCAGUCACCACCCAGGUCCAUAGAGAUGCGAUCCAGCUCGGAGCCCGCGAGGGUAGGGGUGAACGGAGACCACCAUGGCCCGGGCAAUCAGUACCUCAAGAUCCAGCCGGGCACUGUGCCCACGUGUAACAACAGCAUCCCCGGAGGCCCGCGAGUGUCCAUCCAGUCCCGCCCCGGCUCCUCGCAGCUGGUGCACAUCCCAGAGGAGACCCAGGAGAACAUCAACGCCUCACCCAAAAGCAGCUCAGCCAGGGCCAAGUGGCUGAAGGCAGCCGAGAAGACGGUGGCCUGCAGCCGCAGCAACAGCCAGCCCCGCAUCAUGCAGGUGAUCGCCAUGUCCAAGCAGCAGGGCGUCCUGCAGAGCAGCCCCAAGAGCGCCGAGGGCAGCGCCGUCUCCUGCACCGGCUCCAUCCGCUACAAGACCCUGACGGACCACGAGCCCGGCGGCAUCGUGAGGGUGGAGGCCCACCCCGAGAACAACCGGCCCAUCAUCCAGAUCCCCUCCACCGAGGGCGAAGGCAGCGGUUCCUGGAAGUGGAAGGCCCCGGAGAAGGGCAGCCUGCGCCAAACCUACGAGCUCAACGACCUCAACCGGGACUCGGAGAGCUGCGAGUCCCUCAAAGACAGCUUUGGCUCUGGAGAUCGCAAGAGAAGCAACAUCGACAACAGCGAGCACCACCACCACGGCAUCACCACCAUCCGGGUCACGCCGGUGGAGGGCAGCGAGAUCGGCUCCGAGACGCUGUCGGUCUCCUCCUCGCGUGACUCCACCCUGCGGAGAAAGGGCAACAUCAUCCUAAUCCCAGAACGAAGCAAUAGCCCAGAAAACACCAGAAACAUCUUCUACAAAGGAACCUCUCCCACCCGGGCUUACAAAGACUGAGUGGCACUCGCCCUUCAACCUUUGGGGCCAUGCCCAAAGACUACAAGCAGAUUGUACCUGGGCUCUGUUGUUGUUUCCAGAGGACUUGGGAAGUUCUUGCCCAACUGGAUGAUUCAACGUCAGCCCUGAACUCUCUUACUCUGGAGAACCCAUCGCUCAACGAUCUUUACAUCAAGGAGAGGGAAAAGCACAACGCGAGAACCAACCGAGCUGCAGUCAGGGUGUGAAGUUCUCCUAAGACCUGUGAUGAAGGAUGCGCAGAGGGCAGUUCAAAAGAAAGUCAUUUCCUUCCAUGAAUACUAUUUAGCUUUCUGAAUGUGCCAACUUUGGGGAUGUUUUGUUUUGUUCUGUUUUGCUUUGUUUUCAUUAUAGUUAGCUGUGGGAAUCCAGAAAGCAGGUUUGUCCUGCAGCUGAGGCCAUGCAGUAUUAUAUAUUAUCCAUUUGCAGAGUCUGCACCGGAAGCUCAGUAUGGGUGGUGCUGAUCGCUAUAGUGCAUAUACCAUGUAAACUCUCAAACUCUAUUUAGCUGUGAAAUAGUGGUGUGCAACUCCUUGUCAAAGACAUACUACUUUAUUAAGAGGAGCCGUCUAUUUUGUGUUAGAAUAGGAUGCCCGCAGCUUCCUCGUAGAGCUCUCUCCGUGAAAAAAUUGAGUUUAUGUGCAUUUCUUUGAAAUUAUGCUUUCUUAUACAUCAGAAAUUGUGUAGGAAUAUUUUGUGGAAAGAAUAGCUAGUAUUUCUCUACAUCUUUUUCUGCUACUUGCUUUUAAUUUAAAUACGGAUACUGCUAACUUCUAUUUCUUUUAGUGAGCAAAUUUGCAUACGUUAAAAUAUGUUAUUUCAGACAAUCUUUUGAAGUUGUCAUAGUUUCCAUUUUAUGGCUUCUUAAUUUAUUGAUUAAUUUUUCGAUGGCAUGAUGUGUGUGUGUGUGUGUGUGUGUGUGUGUGUGUGUAUGUAUAUAUAUAUAUACAUUUAUAUAUAUAUAUAUAUGUAUAUAUAUAUAUACACAUAUAUAUUUAUAUAUAUUAAAAGCAAAACUAACCAUUUGUAUUUGUUAAACAAAAGCAAAAUACACUGCUGCGAAAUUAUAAAUGAGAAAUCUGAGCCAAAAAUUUACAUCUUGGGUUACCAGAAAAUUUUGGUCAAGUUUCCAACCAGAUGGCAUAGGUUACCAUAUUAAUAAGUAAUCCAAAAAUCCAUGUUUGUUCCAGAUCAUUACCUUUUGGCAAAAUAUCCUGCUAACCCAUAAAUUAGAGCCACCAUGCUUGGGUUGUGCCCUCUUUAAUAAAGUAUGUUUGCUAAUUGGACACAGAUGUAAAGAAUCUGAGAAAAAGGCAAAUUGGUAAAUAAAAGUACCUCACGGUACAAAAUAAGAGUGUAUGCUCAUAGUAUCUGAUAAGCACAGCCUUAGUGCUUAAUAUGCAAUCAGCUGUUUCUGCUACCUACUUUGAAUUAAAUACAGUCUUGAGCCUCAAACAAAGGAAACCAAUGUUAUUAAGAAUAAGAUAAAUACAAAAUAUUCUGAAGUGUUUUCCAAGUUAAAUAUAUAAAGUAUUAAGAAAUCUUUGGUUCUAGAAAUUUGGUAUUAAAGCUUUUUAUACCAUUUCUUAAGAACUCUAAUGUAUACUUGAUGCUUGCCAAGAGGAGAGAAGGAUAAAACAGAGCUGGUUAAUGACACCUCAGUUCAGCUUUCAGUGGUUCAGAAGGGAAUAGGAAUUACUCCAUUAGCAAGCAGUUCCUACACACAAAAGGCAGAACUUUUUUAGACGGUCUAAGGCAUUAGGAAUUAGCUGAAACCAGCAGCACUGAAAACUCUGGCAAUAAAAUACAGACUCAACCAUAUCCCUUGUGGCAAUUUCCUUCUCAGAGAGGAAAAUGGGAGUAAAUCAUGGCCUUCCCCACUUCCUACCAUCACCACCAUCAUGUUCCUGCUGGCUUUGCCAGUGUGACAAGGGAAGGGUGGGCCAGCUUUCAUACUCUGAAGGAAAGACAUGCUGCAGUAUUUCAGGUGCGGUAUGAUAUUUCCUAAUCUUUCCUAUUUCUUAACAAAAGAUUUUAAAGUACUUCUCUAGUCAUUGAAUUUUUUUUCUUUACAUGAUAUUGAUAUAUUCUUUUUCUACUCAAAGUGCCAAAGGCUACCGUUUUUAAUGACUUAACAAAUUAUACCACAUUGUUAAGGAAAUAUAAUGAUAGACACUAGAACUCAAACCUCUGCAUGUAUAUUUGAUAACACAUCUUUUGUAAAAAAAAUUACAAAAUAUUUGUUUACAUUCCACUGGUACCUUAAUUUAAAAUAAAUCAGACUAACAGGUGGUAUCUCUUCUUAGUGUUCUAUUUAUCUUACUUGCUAAUGAGAGCAUUUCUUCCUUUGUUAGGCUGUGCUUUACUGAUAAAACCAAGUAUUGAAAAAAAAGAGUUAUCUUUUUAAAGUAAAUAAAAUUAUGAAUAUAUAAUAUAUAAAGUAUUGUGUUUAAUAAAAUGUUAUGCAAUGUUUUCCAAACUGAUAACGUUUGUAAAGUGCUAUAAAUGUAUUUUGUUAAGUACAGAUCAGAGCUAUCAUGUGAGUAUAUUGUGCUAACAUCAUAGAAAUAAAGAUUAGAUUUCAUCAAAA